AUGGAGGUGUUGACGGCCCACAUCUGCUUGGUCUCCAGAAUGUUGUCGUUGGUGGUUGUUCUCUGUCUCGUGGCGGCGUCCUGGGCGCAGGACUGUCAGGUGGCCAACAUCCAGGUCAUGCAGAACUUCGACAGGACGAGGUACCAAGGCACAUGGUACGCUGUCGGUAAGAAGGACCCUGAAGGACUUUUCUUACUGGACAACAUCGUGGCCAACCUGGUCAUUGAUGAAAACGGCCAAAUGACCGCCACCGCUGAAGGCAGAGUCAUCAUCCUCAAUAACUGGGAAACGUGCGCCAGAAUGAUCGCCACCUUCCACGACACCGACAACCCGUCCAAGUUCAAGAUGAAGUACUGGGGAGCGGCCGCCAACCUGCAGGAGGGAUUUGACGACCACUGGGUGAUCGACACGGACUACGACAACUACGCCGUGCACUACUCCUGCAGGAGCGUGGACGAGGACGGCACGUGCAAGGACGCCUACUCCUUCAUCUUCUCACGUCACGCCACCGGUCUGCGGCAGGAGGAUAAACUCACCGUCACACAGAAGAAACAGGAAAUAUGCUUGCUGGGAAAAUACAGACCCGUGCCACACACCGGAUAUUGCACCUCGGCACCAGCCAAGUAA